GGAGAAAGGGUAUUUUAGUCAUCUUGCGUUUUGGACUCUCGGACUUCCUGCUGCUGGAGAAUAUAUCAAUAGUCGCCAAAGAAAAACAAAAGGAUUGUGCUUUGAUAGAGAGAGACUCAUUUCUCAUCUCAACAAAAACUAGGGUUUUUAGCUUUCUCAGAUUUGUUAUAACUUCACCAAGUUUUGACCUUUAACCACCGAUCCAAUGGUUGGUACGAAGAGACUUGUUGGUUCCAUCGAUGACUCCCUCACGAGGAACCGUGACGAUGAAGUUGAGGCGAUGUUCAGGAGGAGAAAGCAACUAAAGACAACGACGAAGACGACAACACCAUUGAGCUUGUCUUCUUCGAUGAACUGGUCUAAAAACGAUGAGCUUGUCAUUCUCGGGGGUAUUGUGGACUAUGAAAAUGAAACGAAAUUGAGCUAUAGAUCUGACUGGGAUGCCUUUUACCGUUAUAUCAAAGAUUCUGUAGAAGCAAAGUUUUCGAGAAAGCAGCUCAUUGAUAAGGUCAAGAGCUUGAAGAGAAAGUUUACAUACAAUCAGGGGAGAUCUAACGAUGGGGAAGAACUUUCUUUUACUAAUACUGAUGAUUAUGAAAUCUUCAAACUUUCAUUGAUCAUAUGGGCUGAGAAUGAAACAGAGAAUGUUUCUAAUGAGAAUAUGGACCAAGCCAAGGAUUUUCCUUCUGGGGAGAAAGAGGGUAGUGAUGUGCCUUGUGCAGAGCAAGAGCGGGUGAGUAUAGAGAUUGAUAAUGGUGAGAAAGAGAAAUUGGACCAAGCCAAGGAUGUGCUUUGUGAGGAGCAAGAGAAUAAGGAUGUGCCUUGUGAGGAGCAAGAGAAUAAGGAUGUGCCUUGUGAGGAGCAAGAGAAUAAGGAUGUGCCUUGUGAGGAGCAAGCGGAUAAGGAUGUGCCUAGUGUGGAGCAAGAGCGGGUGAGUAUCGAGAUUGAUAAUGGUGAGCAAGAGAUGAGUGAAGAAGAUGAUGUGGAUGAGUUAGGUGAUAUGGAGGACACACUUGACUCUGGGAUAUCGUUUCAUAGUUUAGAUUAUAGUGGUGAGAAAGAUAAGAGUGAAGAAGAUGGUGUGGUUGAGUUGGGUGUUCUGCAGGAGGUACUAAAGGCAGAUACAUUUUUUCAAAGUUUAGGUAGAUAUCAACAAAAAUUGCUGCUUCAGAAUUUGGAAAACAUUGGAGCUGAAAAAAGAAAAGAGUUAAUCGACGAAUGGAAGGCCUUGUUUGUUGAAGAGCUGCAAUUGAGUAUCAAGAAACUAACUUUCACCGCAAAGCUUGCAAACGGAGGAGUUUCUCCUUGAUUCAAGAAAGAAAAUUUCUGCUUUUGGAAUGAUUUCGAUGUUUUAGGUUCCUUGUAUUAUUGGUGCUUGUUUUGUCUUAUGGUGUAACUUGUUCUAUGUACUAUCCUUAUCGUUUCUUUCACUAUUGAACCACUCAAUCUUUGGUGCCGUAUUGAUAAGAAAAACAUGAUGUAUCUAUGAUCCGUUCUUGUUCUAGAUUAGAUAAGUAACAUUUUAGAGCA